AUGGCCAUGCAGCUCGAAGAGAGCGAUCCCGGCCAGCUGUCCGCGUUGUACGACUCGGGUAUUAACGUGAAGAAGCGUAUCAUCAGUCUGUAUGUGAACCUGGCCGAGCUGAAGUCGUUUAUCCAGCUUAAUCAGACCGGCUUCAAGAAAGCCACCAAGAAGUACGACAAGGUCUGCAACCGCGACAUCCGGAAGAACUACAUGGAUAAGGUCGUGAACCCGUCAUACCCAUUCCGCGAGUCCACCAUAGGCACACUGGACGAGCACAUCAAGGAGAUUGAGCAGACCUACGCCGAUGUAGUCACGAAGGGAGAUCUUGCCCUCGGACGUCGCGAGUUGCGUCUCCACCUGCGAGAGCAUGUGGUGUGGGAACGCAACACAGUCUGGCGAGAAAUGAUCGGCAUCGAGCGCAAAGCCCAAGCCGCCAAUUUCGGUCUCCGUCAAACACUGCUGGGCAACAACAACGACCCUAGCCAGGCGCGAUUGCAGGGCGAUCACGAGGAAUCCAAGACCAAGGAGUUUGAGACACCCGUUGGCCGCUAUCGACUGCCACGCUGGAUGGUCUCAUCGACCUUCCUCACCCUCGUCGUCAUCCUGACUACAUUCGCCGUCCUCCUCAUGGUGCCCAUUAUGAAGAAACCCGAACAGCAGAACUGCCUGGCCAUGCUUGUGCUUGUCUCACUACUCUGGGCCACCGAAGCUAUACCUCUGUUCGUCACCUCCCUGCUCGUACCAUUCCUCGUCGUGGUCCUCCGAAUCAUGCGCUCAGAAACACAGCCACACACCCGCCUGGACUCAGUCGCCGCAACGAAAGCCGUCUUCGCCGCAAUGUGGACGCCCGUGAUCAUGCUCCUUCUCGGCGGCUUCACCAUCGCGGCCGCCCUGUCGAAGUACCACAUCGCCAAAAUGAUGGCCACCUUCGUGCUCUCCAAAGCCGGCACACGCGCCCGCACGGUCCUAAUCACCAAUAUGUUCGUUGCGAUGUUCUUGUCCAUGUGGAUUUCCAAUGUCGCCGCCCCGGUACUAUGCUUCUCCAUUAUUCAGCCCAUCCUCCGCAACCUCCCUGCCGACAGCAACAUGUCCAAAGCCCUCAUCCUCGGAAUCGCACUAGCAUCCAAUAUCGGCGGCGCAGCCUCACCGAUCGCCUCACCGCAAAACAUCAUCGCGCUCCAAAACAUGCAUCCGGGCCCAUCGUGGGGAAUAUGGUUCUUCAUCGCACUUCCAGUAUGCAUCAUCACGAUCCUCCUCAUCUGGCUGCUCCUCCUCAUAUCCUUCAAACCCGGCCGCGGCACGACCAUCGUGCCCAUCCGCCGCAUGAAGGACAAGCUCAAUGGAGUGCAGUACUUCAUCAUCUUCGUCACCUUGGCCACGAUCGUGCUCUGGUGCGUCUCGCACCAAUUGCAGGAUACGUUUGGGGACAUGGGGGUUAUCGCCAUUAUACCCCUAGUGCUCUUCUUCGGCACGGGGAUUCUUACGAAAGAGGACUUCAACAAUUUCCUGUGGACGAUCAUCAUCCUCGCCGCCGGAGGCUUGUCCUUGGGCAAAGCUGUCUCCUCGUCUGGGCUGUUGCACACCAUUGCAAAAUCGAUCACAGAAGGCGUGUCGGAUUUCAGUGUAUAUGGUUGGGGCGAAUAUGAGCAGCCGCAUCCGAAUCUGUUGGUUAUGGGUGGGGCGUUGAUGUGUAGUGCGGCGAUGGGGUUGCCGACGAGCGGAUUUCCGAACAUGACGGCGAUCAUGAUGGAAGUCCCAGAGACAGGCGUGCGAUAUCUCAGAGUACGGCAUUUCUUGACGAGGGGAGUUCCAAGCAGCAUUCUGGCUGGUCUGACCAUCGUCACACUUGGGUAUGGAUUGAUGGUUGCUGCUGGGCUAUAG